GAGGAGGCCCAGGAGAAGAAGCUGAAGCGUCGGCAGAAGCUGAAGCGGCGUGGUAAGGCCGAGGGCGAGCAGGCCCAGCCCGAGGAGAGCGGGCUGGCCGACGGUGACCUUGAGCCCCCCCUGCCCAAGAAGACAAAAAAAAUCAAAGAGAAGAGCAAUGGUCUGUCUGGAGGGAGCGAGGACUCUGAGCAUACGGUGAAACCAUGCUCUGCUGUAAGCAAUGGUGUGACAUCCCCGGCAGCCCAGAGCACGUCUGCUGAUGUGGCCACUGGAGAGCAGGACGGUGAUGCAGAGGAGCUGACAGAAGAAGCAAAAGAAGGCGCCUUCACCAAUUUCCCUCUUUCCCAAGACACCAUUAACCUUCUCAAAGCUCGAGGUGUAAAAUACCUGUUCCCUGUGCAAGUGAAGACUUUUCAGCCCAUAUAUGAUGGCAAAGACCUAAUUGCUCAAGCUCGAACAGGAACCGGGAAAACCUUUUCGUUUGCUCUUCCACUGACUGAAAGACUUCAGAGUGUCUCGCAAGAUGGGAGAAGAGGCCGUGCACCAAAAGUCCUGGUUCUUGUUCCAACCAGGGAACUGGCCACUCAGGUAGCCAAAGACUUCAAGCAUCUCACCAGGAAACUGUCAGUGGCUUGUUUUUAUGGAGGAACUCCGUAUAAAGCACAGCUUGACAUCCUUAAAAGUGGCAUUGAUAUUCUAGUGGGAACUCCUGGACGUAUCAAAGACCACAUUCAGAAUAGCAAGCUGGAACUUUCCAGUGUGAAGCACGUUGUUUUGGAUGAAGUUGAUCACAUGUUAGACAUGGGCUUUGCUGAACAAGUGGAAGAAAUCUUAGGAUUUGCUUAUAAAAAAGGUUCUGAGAACAACCCCCAGACACUGCUGUUUUCUGCAACUUGUCCACGAUGGGUGUAUGAUGUAGCAAAAAAAUACAUGAAAGAUGAAUAUGAACAGAUUGACCUGAUUGGAAAGAAGGCUCAAAGGACUGCCACGACUGUGCAACACUUGGCUAUACAGUGUCGCUCAUCUCAGAGAGCAGGAGUUCUUGGGGAUAUCAUUCAAGUCUACAGUGGCAGCCAUGGGCGGACCAUUGUCUUUUGCGAGACCAAAAAGGAAGCAAAUGAACUGGCUAUGAAUGCUUCGCUCAAACAGGAUGCCCAGUCAUUGCAUGGUGAUAUCCCACAAAAACAGAGAGAAAUUACAUUAAGAGGCUUUAGGAAUGGUGUGUUUGAAGUUCUGAUUGCAACGAAUGUAGCUGCCCGUGGUUUGGAUAUUCCUGAGGUUGACCUUGUUAUACAGUGUUCACCACCAAAAGAUGUUGACUCGUACAUCCAUCGUUCUGGACGUACGGGUCGAGCUGGCCGGACCGGGAUCUGCAUUUGUUUAUUUCAGAGAAGGGAAGAAGAUCUUCUGAAACAAGUUGAGCACAAAGCGGGGAUUACAUUUAAGCGUAUAGGUGUUCCCUCUGCUACAGACGUAAUUGAAGCUUCAAGUAAUGAUGCUAAAAAGUUGUUGGAGGCCAUUCCUCCUUCUGCAGUAGACUACUUCAGAAAAUCUGCUCAAGAGCUCAUAGACGAAAAAGGGGCAGUUGCUGCUCUGGCUGCAGCUCUAGCCCAUAUUUCUGGGGCAUCUUACAUACAGCAGCGCUCCUUACUCAACUCAACUGCGGGCUUUGUGACCAUGGUGUUACAGUGUUCAAUAGAAAUGCGUAGCAUGAGCUAUGCCUGGCGAGGACUGAAAGAACAGCUUGGUGAGGAGGUAGAUGCCAAAAUAUCUGCAAUGCGUUUCCUCAAAGGGAAAAUGGGGGUGUGCUUUGAUAUCCCUGUCGGUGAACUGAGUAACAUACAGGAACAGUGGAGGGACACCAGGCGCUGGCAACUGUCGGUGGCAAAGGAAUUGCCUGAGCUGGAAGAGCCCCAGGAGGCAGGACGAGGCUUCUCCAAGUUUGGAAACGGGAGGCAAGAAAAAUUUGAGAACAAGCCCCUCGGCACCCUUCCUCGAGAGCGUCCCGUGGGCACUGGGGCUUUUGGUGGCUGUGGGGGUGCUCCCGCUUGCACGUCUGCCGAUUCUGCACACUUGGCACAGUUCGUCCUCAGCCCCGUCACGGAGGCU